AUGCUAUCCGUAGCAAAGAAGAUCCAUUAUACAUGUUUAACCUUGUUUAUCGUGUGUCAAGGUUUGCAAAAAAUAUUUGGUGGUUAUUCUCCAAUCAGAUUUUAUAACCAUGACUUUGGUGAAUGUUUCGCUCGUUCCGCUGAUUGUUUUAUUUUUUCUUUUGAAAAUGAUGUAGACACGCAAAAUAUGAAAUUAAGUCGUGUAACUUCGCAAUAUUUUAAUAAUGCUAUAUAUGAAUACAACUCAUAUAAUAACACUUAUGGAUUUAAUUUUGGUGGUGGUGAUUUAUAUACAAAAAAUAAUUAUUUAUAUGUAGGUAAAAGCGGAUUUUAUGAGCAUAAUUUAAUUGAAAAUAAUAAUCCUUACAAAAUUGAGGAAAUCGAGGCCUUUAGUAUAACAAACAUCGAAAGAUAA